AUGACCCAGUUUUUCGUUACUUUCAGGAAAGGUAGCUGUUACCAAAAUGGAGCUUCGUCCCCGAGUGGUUUCAAAAACUAUUUUCACGACGGAAAGAAUCCGUAUAUAUUACGUUUGGCCAGCGCGGAUGUGAGCGGUACGAUCAUUGUGUGGGAUGUUGUAGGCUCCAGUAUUGUUUCUGAGUUUAGUGAAUCCGGUUGCAGUGUUUUGGAAAUGCAAUGGAUUCCUAAUCAGACAAUUUCACGAGACUUGCUUCUGGCAUUGCAUUCUCGCGAUCGAUUUAUUUUAUGGAACACUCAGACACAAACGCAACUGUGGCGAACUUCACUUGCUGAAGGUGUUAUUUCCUGCGAAUUCCUCGUGGUGUGUAUUACCUUUGAUCCUCAUUUUAUAUUCGAAACGCACAUUUACUCGUAUCCCCUUAAUAGCAUUUCGCACAUCCAAAAACACCUUUCCUUUGGUAGAAGUCAAAACGAUCAGGAUACUAUAUGCGGAUAG